CAAACCAAGUGCUAUACGGACACCGCAAACUGUACUUCAUCGUACAGUGUAACGGACUCUCCGCGAAACUGCUGCGUUGGAGAAAUCAACAGCGUCUCGUACGAGACCGAGGACGGCCAGUGCAGAAAGUGCAUAGUGCUCGGCUUCGAGAGGACGACAUAUUCUGUCAAAGAAGGAGAAGAUCUCGUCUUCCCGUUCGGAAUGUACGUGAAAGGUGACAUAGAA